AUGUUUGAGAAACUCAAGGAUAUUGAAAACAGAUACGCUGAAGUCGAAAGUGCACUUGGAGACGCAGCGCAAAUUUCAAAUCAACAACGAUUAAUAGAGUUAUCUAAAACUCACGCGGAACUCUCGCCAAUUGUGUCCACUUAUCAGGAGUACCAGCAGUUAGAAUCAGCACUUGAAGAGACGCUUCUCCUCAUAGAAUCGGAAACGGAUGCGGAAAUGCUCGGAUUAGCGCAGGAAGAGUUGGACGCUCUUACUGCCGAAAAAGAGAGACUUACUGAGGAACUUAAGGUUCUCAUCAUUCCGAAAGAUCCGAACGAUGCAAAAAAUGUCAUCAUCGAGAUUCGGGCAGGGACCGGUGGUGAAGAAGCCAGUCUUUUCGCAGCCGAAUUGUUUCGAAUGUACACCCGCUAUGCUGAACGUCAGAACUGGAAGCUGGAACUACUCAGUUCAAAUGCAACUGGCUUAAAAGGAUUUAAAGAGGUUGUCUUCUCAAUUGCAGGGCAGAACGCAUACAGUCAGCUGAAAUUCGAAGGUGGUAUACAUCGUGUACAGCGAAUUCCGGCAACCGAGGCAAGUGGACGCAUUCAUACAUCUGCCGCCACGGUAGCCGUUCUCCCUGAAGCAGAAGCACUUGAUUUGGCGAUUGAUGAGGCAACCGAAUUACGUAUUGAUACCUACCGAUCUUCCGGUCCUGGCGGACAAAGUGUUAACACAACCGACUCCGCGAUUCGUAUUACCCACCUGCCAACGGGAUUGGUUGUGACAUGCCAAGACGAAAAAUCUCAACAUAAAAAUCGUUCCAAGGCGAUGAAAAUUCUCCGGGCACGCCUCCAAGAACAAAAACAAUUUGAACUUAACAGUGAAAGAGCCGAAACCCGCAGAUCUAUGGUCGGCAGUGGCGACAGAAGCGAGAAAAUUCGCACCUAUAACUUCCCACAAUCUCGUGUAACUGACCACCGGAUCCAAUUCAGUUCCUAUCAACUUGAUUCCGUUUUAGAUGGAGACCUACAAACGUUUAUUGAACGGCUAACAACUGCCGAUCAGGCGGAGAGGUUGAAAGAGGCUUAA